GCGGAGGCAGCGGGCGCUGUGCUGAGUGGACUUCCAGGGCCUGGGAGAGAGGAGCUCAGGCGGAUUUUCGAGCGUAAAACUUUCGCGCUGAGGCUCCGAAGCCGACCAGGACGAUCUCGACCGUCACGCCGUUGUCCUGUCAGCUCGAAGGGACCCGCAAGAGUGACUCCAUGAAAGAUGUCAGAAGAGGUGAUUGUUAUCGCCAAGUGGGACUACACUGCGCAGCAGGACCAAGAACUUGACAUCAGGAAGAAUGAGCGGCUGUGGCUCCUGGAUGACUCCAAAACAUGGUGGAGGGUCCGGAAUGCAUCCAACAGGACUGGCUACGUACCUUCCAACUAUGUGGAGCGCAAGAACAGCCUGAAGAAAGGCUCUCUGGUGAAAAACCUCAAGGACACUCUCGGCCUGGGCAAGACGAAACGAAAGACGAGCGCGAGGGACACGUCUCCAACGCCGAGCACGGACGCAGAGUACCCCUCGAACGGCAGCGGAGGGGGCGGAGCCGAGCGAAUCUACGACCUGAACACGCCGGCUGUGGUGAAGUUCGCCUAUGUGGCGGAGCGGGACGACGAGCUGACCCUUGUGAAGGGCGCGCGCUUGCUGGUGAUGGAGAAGUGCAGUGAUGGCUGGUGGCGCGGUAGCUUCGACGGACAGAUGGGCUGGUUCCCCUCUAACUACGUCCAGGAGGAGGAGGCCGGGGAGGACGGCGGCGAUCCGCCCACCUCACUGGCCUCCCGGGCGGCCCUCGUAAACGGCCAAGGCCCCCGUGUACUACACACAGUGCAGACCCUCUACCGUUUCAGCUCAGCCGCAGAAGAGGAGCUGAACUUUGAGAAGGGCGAGCUCAUGGAGGUGGUGGAGAAACCUGAGAAUGACCCCGAAUGGUGGAGAUGUAAAAACUGCCGCGGGCAGGUGGGCCUAGUGCCAAAGAACUAUGUGGUGGUGCUCAGCGAUGGGCCAGAAGCAGGUGGCACGGGGCCCCGUGCCCAGCAGUACACCGGGCCGGCCCACACGGGGAGGUUUGCGGGUAAAGACUGGUAUUACGGCGACGUGACGCGGCACCAGGCGGAGUGCGCAUUAAACGAGAGGGGCAUGGAGGGAGAUUUCCUGGUGCGAGACAGCGAGUCUUCUCCGAGUGAUUUCUCCAUCUCUCUGAAGGCGGCGGGGAAGAACAAGCACUUCAAGGUGCAGUGCUGCGAGGGCAUCUACUGCAUCGGCCAGCGGCGUUUCAACACCAUGGACGAGCUGGUAGAGCACUACAAGAAAGCGCCCAUCUUCACCAGCGAGCACGGAGAGAAGCUCUACCUGGUCAAACCCCUCCAGUGACCUUCCAGCCACAAAUGAGCCUUAGGACCCAAGCAGACCUCACGCUGAGCCAAGCCGUUCCUGCGCCUCCUUCCUCCUUUUCUCCUUGGUGGUUGUUUCUCACCAGCAGGUGGGCCGAAGCAAAGAGUGCCAAUACAAGCAGCCGGACAUUUAAAGACUAUAAGUGACCCAUGCUGACUGAGAAUGGCGGUGCAGUUUUGUCCUUCAUUUUUAUCUGUUGUCCUCUUAUUAUUCACUUGUUCAUGUCUUUUUUUUAUGUUUUGUCUUCUCAGAGAUGGUAGAAGGAUGUUUAUAAUAAAUCUUGCCUUCAUCUAAGUGUUACAGAAUCACAUGCUCGUUGCCUUGGCUAGCUCGUUCUCUACUCAGAGGCACAGGAAACCCCUCGUUCAAGUUCACACGAAUAGUGUUUCAACCAUGCGUCUAUUUUCAAAGGUACUUUGUUCUGGUACAGUUCGAUGGUACAGUUCAGUGGUAGUGAAGCCCCCAAGCCUUCGCUUAGCAUGCAGAGCUACUGGUGGGAGCGCAAGCCAGAGGGAUAACACGGAUGCUGUAUCUACACGUGUUGCCAAAGAGAGACUAUCGGUGACCAACAGGUACUGGCUGCCCCCUGCUGGAGACGCACGGACAUGCCGACAGGAGGCCUGAGAUGAAUGUCAGUAGAUGCUCAACCAAAUGUGCCACAUACACUCGUUAUGUGUAAGUAUAUUUCUCCACGUUAUUCAGACCCACUAUCUACGUCAACCUGAGUUGUGCUAUACCCAUAUUAUUGUGGACACUGUCAAAAAGGGUACGAUUAUAAGAGAGCUUAUUCUGUUGGAUACGUCAUUGUGCAUUUACUUUCUCUGCUUUUUAAGAAGUAUAUGUCUGAAUGUUAUAGAGCAUUGUUAUUUAAAUUCAUGUUACAGCAUUAUGUCUAUUUAAACAAGAGAAUAAGGUGCAUAUACAGAAAUUAUAGCACUGUACCGACAGCAGUUGUGUUGAGAGUUGAAAUACCUUUUGUUUAAUUAAAGGUUUUGCAAAAUAAUG